AAAUACAUGUAACGUUACAAGGUUUAAAAGUGCAAAUUCUGUACAAAUUCUGCGAUUCUCAGCAAGAUUUCAGUGUACUACAUUCUAUCAACUGUACAGGUGAGAAAAAGACAGUAUCCCUACCAAGUCCCAUGCUACUAGUACACUAGAAAUACGCAAAUAAAGCAACUUUUCUCGAAGAAUCCCGACUUCGCCGUCCUCUCCAAUAGAACGUCCGCCAUCUUGGAUGUCAAAGGUCACGGGCCUAUGCUGUGUACACAGUGUUUCGGCUGGGCGGACCGGCUCUCCCGUUUUGGCUCCCUGUAAGUGAGAUCUGACGAUGUGGUACAUCAUGGAGAAUACCCAGACCUGCUACGAGCUGAAUGAGCGACUGAUCCACGUGAUCUGUGACUGGGAGAUCUGCACCAAGGAUGAUGUGGAGGACCUGAUUAACAAGGGAGCGGACAUCAACUGUGUCCACGGCACGCUGCGCCCACUGCACUGCGCCUGUAUGGUCAGUGACCCUCGCUGCGCGGAAAUGCUGCUCGAGAGGGGAGCGGAUGUGAACUCCAAAGAUGGCUAUGGCCGCACUGCCCUUCACUACGCGGCUGAGAAGGACUCCAACUGUGUCUCCCUCCUGCUCCAGCACGGAGCCUUCAUCAAUGCGCCGGACGGGAACCAGGACACGCCCUUACACUGGGCUGCCUACCGCAACCAAGCGCCGUGCCUGAAGGUCCUGCUCCAGCACGGCGCCACUGUGAACGCCCUCGACUACAACAGCGACACCCCGCUCAGCUGGGCAGCCAUGAAGGGAAACCUGGAGGCCGUGGAAAUCCUCUUACAGUACGGCGCCGAAGUCCGGACCGAGAACGACAACGGCGUCUCGCCGGUCUACCGUGCCUCGCUGAUCCAAGCUCGCGGGUUAAAUGACGCAAAUGACGACGAGUUUGAACUUGCUUCUCCGCGCGUCGGGCAGUUGGAUCUACGCAACGAUGACGGACAGAUGCCGAACGAAAUCGUCAGGGACAACCAGCUCUGCGACAGGCUUCUUGAGUUCUCCUCAAACCCAAGGACGCUGAAGGAUCUCUGUCUAUACAAGAUCAGGAAGUCUAUAGGAGAAACGUACCUCCCGAAAGCCGUGAAGAAGUUACCUCUUCCUGAGUACCUAAAGAGAUUUCUGUGUCUGAAGAAUUGAUGACGUCUUUACCUGCUAUGUUUAUAAUAGCAGAAUCAAAUCUGAUGUUGUAAAUUGAUAAACCUAUUAACAUAUAUGAUAACAGGCUAGAUCUACUUGUAUGUACUAAGCCUAGAGAUUACUAUUAUUGUAUUAUUGUUGUCAAGACAUGACAAUGUCUUGAAAUACUUUUUUUCACUUAUCAAGUUUCAACUGAAUUACCCUAGGAGGGUAGCAUUGAGACUAUGUAAUGCAACUUUGAGACUAUGUAAUGCAGUUUGAAUUACUAGUAUACAUGUAGGUCGAUCCAUUUGCUGUUACUACCUUGCAGUGCCCGGCGACAUUAGGGAGCGGGCGAAAACUACGGAGGAUGGCACCCAGGCUAGUUACUAUGUACAUGGGUGUACAUGUAUGCUUGCAAAUAAUUAAGCCCCCCUUCUGCUUUUUUGUUUCACACCAUGCAGUAAAAAGUAGAUUUUAUAUUUUCUAGCUUGCAGCUAUGUUGUAGAUUUGAUGACUCUGUUUUUGCCUGUAAAAGAUAACAAUGGUGAGUCUGAUUACUAAAGGUCUAUACUGUAACCUUUUAAAGUGGUGUGACAGUACAUGGUGCAUGUAUCUGUCAAUCAUAGAAAAGCAUGACAUUCCUAUUGUAGCUUUGACAAUGU